UGCACGGCAUGCGAGCCAGGCACGUACAAGGAGGUCGCUGGCAACGCAAGCUGCGUGCCAUGCGAGGCAGGCAAGUACUCGGAGGGGCGCGCGGCAGACAACUCGUCGACCUGUCAAGCAUGCCCGGUCAACUCGUGGACCGCCGGGGUAGGGAGCGGGAGCUACACAGACUGCAAGUGCAAGGCAGGGUACACGGGACCAGACGGGGGCGGCAACUGCACGGCAUGCGAGCCAGGCACGUACAAGGAGGACGCUGGCAACGCAAGCUGCGUGCCAUGCGAGGCAGGCAAGUACUCGGAGGGGCGCGCGGCAGACAACUCGUCGACCUGUCAAGCAUGCCCGCCAGGCACGUACAAGGAGACUCUCGGUCCACAGGAAUGUACGACCUGUCCAGCAUUUAGCUUUACCUUCGCUGAAGCAAGCAGCUUGAUGCAAGCCUGUGUGUGCAAGGCAGGGUACACGGGACCAGACGGGGGCAGCAACUGCACGGCAUGCGAGCCAGGCACGUACAAGGAGGACGCUGGCAACGCAAGCUGCGUGCCAUGCGAGGCAGGCAAGUACUCGGAGGGGCGCGCGGCAGACAACUCGUCGACCUGUCAAGCAUGCCCGGCAGGGUACACGGGACCAGACGGGGGCGGCAACUGCACGGCAUGCGAGCCAGGCACGUACAAGGAGACUCUCGGUCCACAGGAAUGUACGACCUGUCCAGCAUUUAGCUUUACCUUCGCUGAAGCAAGCAGCUUGAUGCAAGCCUGUGUGUGCAAGGCAGGGUACACGGGACCAGACGGGGGCAGCAACUGCACGGCAUGCGAGCCAGGCACGUACAAGGAGGACGCUGGCAACGCAAGCUGCGUGCCAUGCGAG